AGUUUCUCUUAGUACAGAAUUUUGUUAAACCCUUAUGAAAGUUGAAGGCUAUUUCUGGUGUGUAUUUUUUUUGUCCAAACUAAAUAUUUUUUGCCACUGUUCCUGAACAAAGCGCUAGUUUGAGAUCUUUAAGUUCUGUAGGAGGAUCUGCUGCAAUCUGAACUGAUUUAACUUUAUUUCUCGUAGGACACCAGUAGCCAACAGAUUGUGGAUUUGUUUCCCUUUCAGAUGACCCUGUUGGUGAUGCUGAGGAGAAGGAUGAAUACUCUUGAGUGCAGACAGUGAACAUUGUUUUUUGAUAGAAGCGCUGCCAUCUCCACUUCACAAAGAACUGACCACAUCAUUUCAUGAUCAUAUCAGGGCAAUAUAACUGCAGCCUUUCUGUGGAUACUCCUGGCCUCUCCCUUGCCUUCACACUGCAUUCUCACCAUUUGUCCUCCGUAGACUUUGCUGUCAUACAGCCUUGUGGUGAUGCAGAUCAGCUUAUGGAUUCUACUGGAAACUUCCUGUCUUUUUCUUGUGCUGUGGAGUUUGUCUGUCGAUCUGACUUGCCUUGCAGCUGCAAGUGCUGAUGCAAUGGAAACGAGUCUGAGAUGGACGUUUCUUCUGAGGGUAGAGGGCCAAGGCCAGGAAAGGACAGUGAGCUCAGAUGUGCUUAUGGUUACUAUGGAACUGCGCUCUGGAUCACAGACCCGCUGGAUCUUAAGACCUGUUUGUUGAGCAUCCCUCAAGUCUUGUUCAGAGGAGAAAAGUAUUUUCUUAGAAGACUUUCUACGUUGCUUUUAUCAACAAUCACAUCAUGGAUUAUGCAAGCCAUGAGGGUGGCAUCAUGUCUGCAAGAACCAAGACCCUUGUCAGAAUUGUCUGUGUUGUGUGUAUUAAUUAUUUUGGAUGUCCUACUUGAGAUGUUACAAAUCCAGCAUUUGGUAUUAUUUGGCACUUUCUCAAAUCAAAGCCAGCAACGCAAGGUGACCUGCAGUGGAGUACUUACAUUUAAAUGCUUCUGUGGCUAUCAACUCAGCAGCUUCACCCUAGCAGUCAGCAAACCUCAAACUCCAUUUCCAUUCGAGAAAGUCUGCCAGGGUGAGGAUGAUUCCCUAAUUACCCACAUCCUCAGUGUAUCACCAUUAGAUAACACAAGGAAAUGUGUUCAUGGCUUGCUGCUUCAUCAAGCUGCUGUAGUGAUUCAUUCCACUUCCGCUGGCACUGGGAUAGCAGAGAAGCCCUGGCUGACAGCAGGGACCUGAAGGAGAUCGUCUUUACCAUAUGAACCUUUUUCACGUGGUGUCUCUCUCAUUGUGUUUGCGCAGAUGAAAGUUUACCCUCUGCUGCCCCAAGAAGCCUGCCCUCCAUUCUCAUCCCAGAGCAGAUGUUUGUGGUUGGGUCAGCCUCUCAAACUGUGUGGAAAUGUAUGUUUCUUGAACUUGGAGGCAUCUGGGAGCUGACACAUCACAGGGGGACUAGCUGGACGCCAAUCCCUCUCUGGAGCAGUAAUACCCAGUUCCCAGUGAAUCCUGCUCCUGGAGGCAGGAGAGCUCUUGAUGAAUUUCUUGCAGUCAUAGGGGUAUUUGCCUAAAAGAAAAGAAGCUGGGGUGCGGUGCCCUGCUCUGAACACUGUUCAUGCCACAGUGGUUAAUUGUUCUUUGUGAGAUCCUCCAUCUGACUAUGGCCAUCUGAAUGCUACCUGCAUCCUGCCAGCCCAAGACUUGGACUCCUUCUGCGGUCAGGGAACAGCAGCUGCAUGUAGGCAUCUCCAGAAGACGUUUCAUCUGUCUUGCUUCAGACACCCACCUCCGUACAGAAAGCCUAAGCAACCAUUUUUGGAUCAGAUCAUCAAGCUCUCAGAAAGCUGUACUUAAGCAAGUUGCAUCCACCCCUCUAUAUUCAGAAAUAAAUCUUGUGUUUUUCUAAAGGCGUGAAAGAAGGUUUAUAUCAUGAACUAUUUCUGCGUUUUCAUUCGAUUCCAUCGCCCCAGUAUCACUCCCUGCCACUCACAUGUAACCUGUCCAUGCUUAUAGCAUUACGAUUGAUGAAAGACUGUGUGCAUGCGUGUAGUUUCAGGAUCUGUCAUCUGCCUGUUAACAAAUGUGAUGGGUGAAUGAAUUACUGGCAGUACAGCUUAGUGCUCAGAGUUAUUUCAGGGACUCGUUUUUCUUUUUGUAGGAUGCAUCCUAUUUUGUAUUACAGAUCUGCAACACCAUUUCUUACGACUGCAAUACAUUAUUUACUUGAAUAGCCUCUUCAAACUGCCUUCACUGGACUUCUGUUUCUCUGCAAGUACAUUGCCUGAAGAGGCAAAGAGCUAUUCAAAUGUGUCAUGUACUUGACAACUUCUUUCCCAAGAGGUAUGCCAGUCUUAAGGAUUAGACUCAGUGUGUGGAAAAGUGUUGUGAGUUUCCCGCAGGAAGAAAAACAGUUUGGUUUGCUCAGACAGUGAGGCUUAGCAUUCACUGCAGCAAGAAAUAUAAAUUUAUGGUUUAGCCCUAGUAGCAGCAUGCCAGUUAAGUCCAUAAUAAAACAUGGCUCAGCUGUUCUUUGUCGGUAGUUCAAGGCCAGAUGGCGAGGCGUUAUGCUGACCUGCAUCAAGGGAAAUAUUGCACUUUCAUCUUUUGUACUGGCUAGCUCAGGGUCCUGCCAAGCUCCUUACUCCUCAGCCUCCUUAACUACCACUGAGCAGGCUGGUCGGCUGUGCGUUUGAAUUCUCAGUGCUGCUUUGUCUGUCUUAAUUCACUUUGCUGAAAGGCUCCCUAUCCCUCCAAAGGGUGUCUUCUCUCAUGCAUUAGCAUUGCAGCCUCGUCUGCUCCACAAAGACGCCUGAAGAUGACUGAUACGUGUUAUACAUAAGCAAAUAAAAACUUGAACAUGUAAUUCUAAGUCCUUUGAUAUUAACCAUGUGUACAAUGUAGGGGAAGUGAGUUUGGUUGUAAUUCUUGUCACAAUGAAAGAAUUCUGAGCAUUCUACCAGUAAUGAUUUUCCUGCAGCACUUACUUCAUUCAUUUAGUCUGUGCUGGGGACACAGACAAGGAUGAGAAACUAAGAGGCGCUAAGCUGACAAGAGACAUGGAAGAGAGACUUUAAGGCACAGAGUUGACUACUCAGGGGGAGACAGGCAGAAAAAACAGGCACUUGGCCUAACAGCUGAUUGGGAGGAUGGUGUUCGACUAACACAAACAGAAUUAUUUAAAAGCAAUUAAAAGCUACAGAUUAAAACACCUUUGAUAAUGCCAUCAUAGCUGUGUGUGCCUACAAGGAAGAUGCGCA